AAUACGUGCACACUUCAACAACUAUAAUUUAUUCUACCUGUUGCAUUACCAUUUGCGCUUGCGCCCAAAUGUUAAAAUUUGCAUAUAAAUUAAUUAAAGUCGAACUGAAAUUUGGUUUUCGUUAUUGUGCUGUGCAAGUGGUGCAUUUGAACAAAACCAAAAGUGCAGCAAAAGGUACUGAUUGACAUGGUGCUGCAAUGCACACCUCCCCUGCCCAGGCAGGGCCACCAUUUUUAAUUUCUUUGUUUAUUUUGUGUUCCAUCUUCGUCGCAGUGUCAGCAACGAUCGCAGCCGAAUUUGAAUGCAUAAACAGUGAACGAGAACGUGAAUAAAAACGAAAACCAUAAACAAAACGCUAAUAAAAUCAUGAAAUAAUGAAAACAACAACAACAAUAGUUAAAUGAAAAGAAAAUGAAGUGAGUGCUAAAUAUCACAAAAUAUGGCCAGCAACGGGGCUGGUGGUGGCGCUGCUGCUGGCGGCGGCGGCGUUGGUGGAGGUGGAUGUGGAGCUGGCGGAGGCGUAGGAGCAGGCAUCAAUCACACGCACGCCGUUUGCGUCUGGGAGUUUGAGUCGCGCGGCGGCAAAUGGUUGCCCUAUUCGCCGGCCGUUUCACAGCAUUUGGAGCGUGCGCAUGUCAAGAAAUUGACGCGGGUCAUGCUCAGCGAUGCCGAUCCCAGCCUGGAGCAAUACUAUGUCAAUGUGCGCACCAUGACCCAGGAGUCGGACACCGAAUCGGAGGCGGGCUUAAUGACAAUCGGCGUGCGGCGCAUGCUCUAUGCGCCCAGCAGUCCGGCGGGCAAGGGCACCAAAUGGGAAUGGUCCGGCGGCAGUGCGGACAGCAAUUGCGAUUGGCGGCCAUACAACAUGCAUGUGCAGUGCAUCAUUGAGGAUGCGUGGGCGCGUGGCGAACAAACCUUGGAUCUGUGCCACACGAACAUCAGCCUGCCCUAUACCAUUAACUUUUGCAAUUUAACGCAAAUGCGCCAGCCGAGCGGUCCAUUGCGCGGCAUACGCCGCACACAGCAGGCGCCCUAUCCGCUGGUCAAGCUGACGCCGCAGCAGGCGCUCCAGCUGAAGGGCAACGGGCACGAUUACGCGGCCAAUCAUCAUCAUCAGCUGCAGCAGCAGCAGCAGCAGCGCAACAAUACGCUGCCCAAAAUGGGCGCCAUGCUGCCGCCAAUGCAUCGCCAGCAGCAUCCGUUGCCCAUGCCCGUGAGCAAUGGACAUCAUCAGCAGAAGCAGCAACAGCAGCAACACCAACAUCAGCAGCAACUGCAGCAACAUUCACAUGCACAACAACAGCGCAAGCCGCACAAAAAGCACAGCGAGAUUUCGACAACAAAUCUGCGACAGAUACUCAACAAUCUGAACAUAUUUGGCAGCAGCACCAAGCACAGCAACAGCAACAGCAGCAGCAGCCACAGCAGCAGCAACUGCGGCGGCAAUCAUCUGGCGACGGCAACAGCGGUCAGCAGCUGUGCCUCGAAUGUGGUCGGAUCAACGCUGCACUUGAUGCAGCAUCAGCAUCAGCACCAGCAUCAGGCGCACUUUUCGCACAGCAGCAAAAACAUGCUAACCUCCUCGAUGAACAGCCAUCAUAGCCGCUGCUCGGAGGGAUCACUGCAGUCGCAGCGCAGCAGCCGCAUGGGCUCGCAUCGUUCGCGUUCGCGCACGCGUGCCUCGGAUACGGACACGAACAGCGUCAAGUCGCAUCGCCGGCGGCCAAGCGUGGAUACCGUCUCCACAUAUCUCAGCCAUGAAAGCAAGGAGAGCCUGCGCAGCCGCAAUUUUGCCAUAUCUGUGAACGAUCUGCUCGACUGUUCGCUGGGCAGUGAUGAGGUGUUUGUGCCAUCGCUGCCGCCAUCGUCGCUGGGCGAACGGGCGCCGGUGCCGCCGCCACUGCCCAUGCCGCAUCAUCAUCAGCAGCAGCAGCAGCAACAGCAGCAGCAGCAGCAGCAGCAACAGCAGCAACAGCAACAGCAACAACAACAGCAGCAACAAUCAAUCGCUGGUUCGAUUGUGGGCGUGGACCCGGCCAGUGACAUGAUAUCGCGCUUCGUGAAGGUCGUUGAGCCACCGCUGUGGCCCAACGCACAGCCCUGCCCCAUGUGCAUGGAGGAGCUGGUGCACUCGGCCCAGAAUCCAGCCAUAUCGCUGAGUCGCUGCCAGCAUUUGAUGCAUCUGCAGUGCCUCAAUGGCAUGAUCAUAGCACAGCAGAACGAGCUAAAUAAGCAAAACCUAUUCAUUGAGUGUCCCGUUUGUGGCAUUGUCUAUGGCGAAAAGGUGGGCAACCAGCCCAUUGGCACCAUGUCCUGGAGCAUCAUAAGCAAAAGCUUGCCCGGCCACGAGGGCCAGAACACCAUACAGAUUGUAUACGACAUUGCGUCGGGCCUGCAGACCGCUGAGCAUCCGCAUCCGGGACGCGCCUUCUUUGCCGUUGGAUUUCCGCGCAUCUGCUAUUUGCCAGACUGUCCGCUGGGGCGCAAGGUGUUGCGCUUCCUGAAGAUCGCCUUCGAUCGACGUUUGCUGUUCUCGAUUGGACGUUCGGUGACCACCGGCCGCGAGGAUGUGGUCAUUUGGAAUAGCGUCGAUCAUAAGACACAGUUCAAUAUGUUCCCGGAUCCCACCUACUUGCAGCGCACCAUGCAGCAGCUGGUGCAUCUGGGCGUUACGGAUUGAAUUAAUUACCACCUACCUGCUGCCGACUUAAUUCAUAGAUUCUCUCGCUUCCAAGUCCUUUUUAAGAACAAAAAUCUCAAUGUGUGUGCAAUUUUAUUUGAGUUUUCGUUUUCGUUUUAAUUUAAUGUAAUUUUUAUUUUUAUUUUAUUAUUAUUUUUUUUUUUUUGAUUCGUGUAUACAUUGUAUGUGUCCGCCAGCGUUCGAGCUGCUCGAACCCUAAACAACAACUGCAAAUGCAAUUUCCAUUUACAAUUCUUCAUUUAAUAAGACGGAACUGUUCUUCCAUUUGUAGUCGUUAAGCAAAUGCAUACAAAAAACGAAUGUAUUGUAUUCUGUAUUGUAUUUAGAAAUCGUUUAUACACACACAUAUAUAUAUAAAUAUAUAUAUAUAUAUUGUCUAUAAGGCCAUAGUUAAUACGCUCCACUGUAUUGCCACACUAGAAGUUUCCACAAUCUAAAGACACCUACUAGUAUUAGUUAGUAUCUUAUAAUGUAGCAUAACUAAGCGUUUAAGUGUUAAGCUGUGCCAAAAUUCUCAAAUGUUAAAUGUUUCUCAAUUCCAUUGCAUCGAAUUUAACACGCAUCUCAGUUCAGUUUAGUUUUGUAUUCAUCAGCCAUAGCAUAUGACUCGAGAGUAUUUAGUUAAAGGGCCCUUCUCAUGUGAAUCUGUAUUGUAUUCAAAACAAUUUUUGAAUCAUUUAGUGUAGCAAGAAAACUGAUACGCUUUCCAUUCAAAUCAUUCGAAUGUUUAUGGCAUUGGUUUUAGUGAAUGCUUUAUUUUUUUGUGAUUUUAUUUGAAUUAGUUUUUUGAUUCAUAACAGCGUUAACUCAUUAUUUCUUGCACUCAUUACUCAUACAGUCAUGUCUCAUUCAAA